AUUUGCGCAUCCUUAUUCUUCCUUAUUAUUUUAUCUCUUGUGUCCUUUGACGCAGAUAUUUACAAUGCACAGUCUCGCUGUACUGGCUUCUUUAUGCCAUCUUAUCUCCGCACUAUCGAUCCCUGUUUACCCGGAGAAAAGAGACAUUUCAGCUGGGGUUGCUAUUUAUAGCUGCACACAGCCAAACACCAUUGCUCUCACCUUCGAUGACGGCCCAUUCGUGUACACAGAUUCUGUGCUCGAUCAACUUGCUUCAGCUGGAAUUGGGGCCACGUUCUUCCUCAAUGGCUACAACAUUGGGAAUAUCAUGGACUACCAAGCCACUGUUAACAGGAUGAUCGAAGAGGGACACCAAGUCGCGUCACAUACCUAUGGGCAUCCAGAUCUCGCAGGCCUUGCAGAUUUCGACGUCGAGCAGCAAAUGUCGCUUCUGAGCAAUGAGUUCAUCAACAUCAUCGGCAAGUAUCCUGUUUACAUGCGUCCUCCCUAUUUUAGCUUCAACGCUCGCACGCUUGGAGUCCUUGGUCAAUUGGGCUUCAAGGUCAUUAUCGCUGAUAUCGACACCAACGAUUGGCAGUACUCGUCAUCCGGUGGUGCCGAACCCUCUUUAGCUUCAUUCUACGCUGGGCUUAACAAUAGCGGCUCUAUCGUUCUUAUGCAUGACGUUCAUCAGAAUACUGUUCAGAAUAUCCUGCCUCGAAUUAUUCAGGCUACUCUUCAAAGUGGAAAGAGAGCUGUGACCGUAGGGGAGUGUCUUGGAGAUCCCGAGACAAAUUGGUACCGAGGUGGAGCAACCCAGACACCAGAAUGGAACAGCACCGCCACCGAAGUUGUCCCUAUCGAUCAGACGCCUGCACCAGAGAGAGCGGUGGUAUGGGAGUAAUUGGGUUCGGUUAUUUGUGGAAAAUAUCAUACAGUUAUAAUAAAAGACGCAAGUCGCGACACUCAUUUCAAUUUGAUCUUAUCUCUCUUCUACUCAUAGUCCCAACUUCGCAUUAGCCAUCUCACGCACCUCCUUCUGGCCCUGUGUCAGCCCCUCUUCUUCCGU